AUGAUAUCGGGUGAUCAAAUGACGACUAACAAUCUCGGAAGGGAUAAUGUCGAAGAGGCGCAGGCGCUCUCAAAACGCUUAGGUACUAGUGGUGGCUAUUUGAAUCCAACGGCUACUGAACUGUUGACUGCUGAAUCCAGUCUCGACGCUGCAAGCAACUGUCCACUUCUCGCAAUCGUACCACCACAGCAAGUCCUUCUGGCUAAACAGCUGUGCGAUCUAACGGUAAUGCUCAUCAUUAUGAAUGCGUCAUUCUUGCCAACGUUUAUCUUUAUCUAG